AUGGCUGCUCCCCGACUUUUCCGCCCAGCAGCUCGUCUGCUUUCUUCGCGCCUUACUUCGGCCCCCCUUCGCCCUCACACCGCAUGCGCGCCCUCAAUCCUGCGCUUCCGGGGAUAUGCUACGGAAUCUGGCACCAAGGAGGUCACUGUCCGUGAUGCUCUGAACGAGGCGCUCGCCGAGGAGCUGGAGAGCAACAAGAAGACUUUCAUUCUUGGAGAGGAGGUUGCGCAGUACAACGGAGCUUACAAGGUAACGAGGGGUCUGUUGGACCGCUUCGGUCCCAAGCGGGUCAUUGACACCCCCAUCACGGAAGCCGGUUUCUGUGGUCUCGCCGUCGGUGCUGCUCUUGCUGGACUGCACCCCAUUUGCGAGUUCAUGACCUUCAACUUCGCCAUGCAGGCUAUCGAUCAGAUCAUCAACUCUGCCGCCAAGACCCACUACAUGUCUGGUGGUAUCCAGCCCUGCAACAUCACUUUCCGUGGACCUAACGGUUUCGCCGCUGGUGUUGCCGCCCAGCACUCCCAGGACUACUCUGCUUGGUACGGCAGUAUCCCCGGUCUGAAGGUUGUCGCUCCCUGGAGCUCGGAGGAUGCCAAGGGUCUGUUGAAGGCUGCCAUCCGCGACCCUAACCCCGUCGUUGUCCUUGAGAACGAGCUGCUGUACGGUCAGGCCUUCCCCAUGAGCGAGGCCGCUCAGAAGGAUGACUUUGUUCUUCCUAUUGGCAAGGCCAAGAUUGAGCGCCCCGGAAAGGACUUGACCAUUGUCACUCUCUCCCGCUGUGUUGGACAGUCGCUCAACGCUGCCGCUGAGCUGAAGCAGAAGUACGGUGUUGAUGCUGAGGUCAUCAACCUUCGUUCCGUCAAGCCCCUCGACGUUGAGACUAUCGUCCAGUCGCUCAAGAAGACUGGUCGCAUCAUGUGCGUCGAGUCCGGUUACCCCAUGUUCGGUGUCUCCUCCGAGAUCCUCGCUCUCUCCAUGGAAUACGGUUUCGACUACCUGACUGCUCCCGCCGUCCGUGUUACUGGUGCCGAGGUCCCCACCCCCUACGCCGCUGGUCUCGAGAACAUGAGCUUCCCCCAGGAGGACACCAUCGUCAGCCAGGCUGCCAAGCUGUUGCGCCUGUAA